AUGUGGAACAAUGCGGCUAACCAUCCUGAUGCAGAGGCAGCGCGUCGCCUUUCCAUUGAAUUAGCACUAGCACAGCAAACUGCGGCCGCCAAUGCGCGACCCGUCGCUUUUGGAGCUCCUCCUUUUGGAUAUGACCCCGCACAACUAGCAGCAAUGCAAUCCUUGCAAGGUCAUCCCGUAGCUGCGGUUGCUACCGCCGCAGCUGCUGGCAAUACCGCUCGACCGCUCGCCUAUCAAGCUCCCUCCACCAGCACGGAAUCUUCUGAUGCGGAUCCGAAGGAAGCACAGCCGGCUGCGCCACCAGCAAGAGGAAAGCCAGCGGCAGUUGCUGCACAAUUGUCUUCCAGCUCACGCGUACAAGAGAAAAUGGAAGAACUUAAAACUGAAGUGGAAGCCAAAGAAGAAGCUGCAGUCACAGCCAAGCCAGUGGAUGAAGAAACUGAUGAACCCGCCGAUGCUGUGGCAGUUGCUGCCGAUGAAGAUGACGACGACGAUGAUGAUGACAAGGAGAAGGAAAAAGUAGAAAAGGCAGUCGUGGUGGAGGAGAAGAGUCCUAUUACAACCAAAAAACGAAAACGGUCUUCGGCACCGAAAAAGACCGGCAAAUCGCAAAAGAGCUUUCCGACCAUGGACGAUCCAGUGCAACCUAUCACGGCUGCUGAGUAUGAAAACUUGAAAUCAAUGAUGAUACAGUUUUGCCGGGUACCAUUGUUGGCAGAAUUUAGCCGCCCCGUCUCUUUGCUCCACCCUGAGUUGGUGGCCGUAUAUUCCAAAAUUGUGCAGCACCCAAUGGAUCUUGGAAAAGUGUGCCGAAAGAUUCGACGCAAGGACUACACUUGCUUACGAGAUGUUCGAUUGGAUGCCUGGCGAAUAUUUUCCAACUGUGUACGCUACCACUCGCACUCGAGCAACAAGGAUGCGGUUCCGUCCUUUGUUUCUAUCGCCUUGCACCUCAGAGAUUAUUUUAACGAUCUUUGGCAAGAAUUUAUGAUGCCAUCAGAUCCACCUCCUGUUCCGAGCAAAUCAUCCAAGUCGUCCUCCUCUACCCAUAUUCUAGAGGCAAUGCAAAAGCGAAAAGCCGAUAGGAAGCAACGACUGAUUGUUUCGGGACUAUCACUCAUGACGGGGAAAAGUUUGUCACGGUCUGCCGAGGCUCUCAGCGCGUUUAUUGAGAAUGGUGGUUGUGUAGAUCGACUGGAUACGGAGCGAAUCUGGGGAGAAGGAAGUCCAAACGAAGACAAGAAGGAAAUGGAGGCUGUGGUGGAGAAUAUGGUCGAAAUGAAGAAGCGACUUUCUUCUGCCGAAAAGGAAGAUCAAGGAUAUGGAGUAGAUGAAUUGGAUAAGGAUGUACGUCAAUGCUACGCAAACUGUUUGAAAGACAAUACAGAACUGCAUACCAUGGUGUCCAAUCGCUUGGAUCGUUUCAUUGGAAAGAUUAUCGUUCCGAUUCACGAAGCGACUUGCAGAGGGGUUAGUCAAUCUAGCAUCUGGGGAUGUAUGGCGGCUGCUGUGUGGGCAAGAGAGUCCAGCAAGAAGCCAUUUUGGCCUGCGCUAGUCCUUGGUAUACUUGCACCUCCCGAUCAAAAGGAAGACUGGCAUUUUGCACUCACUGAAAGGAAUGAGAAGCGGCUUCCUGAAAAACUAAGAAGUCAGUUGGUCGCAGGAAAGCGAAAGUCCGAGCAAGCCAUCAAAAGGCAGGCUCAAGGGCACGGUGACCCGCAAUCCUUUUUCUUGGUGGAAUUUAUGGGAACUCAUGAGUUCAUUUGGGUGAGAGAAUCUGAUAUUGUUGAAAACUUUGAUCCGACAGAAGAUCCGAACGAUCAACAACCUGCAUCCGGGUCCAAGAAGAAGAAGUCGACUCGAAAUGCUUUUGAUAAAGUCCUGGGCUCGCAAACAUACACUUCCGCUAUUGAAGAGGGAAAAUGGGCCAUGGAAGAAUUUGAUCUUCAAUUUGAAGAUCUUACAAAAGAAGACCCGGCGGAAGGUGAAGAAGGCGAGGACAUGAACUACAGCUAUUCACUACUAAGUCAGUCGGACGAUGAAGCAGAUGAUGUCGAUUCAGAUGGCGAAAGUGAUGUAGAAGAAAAGAAUGAGCUAUUGGCAACUGAUGGCUUGAUCAAUUUCGCAACCUUUGGACGAAAGAAAGCGAAAAAGAAGUCACAGGAUACAAAGAAACAAAAGGUGGAUACAGAGAAGAAACAAAAGACAAAGCAAAAAACCGAUGAAGUUACAAAAAUGAAAGAUAUAAAGAAACAAGAGAAAGAUCUUGAAAAGAGAAGGAAGAAGCGCACUCGGGAAAGAGAAAAGGCGUUGAAGGCAAACGAGAGCAAGGUGAAGAAGAGGCGGUUAUCAGACGCUGACGACUUAAAGAAGUCUCCGUCUGGAAGGCGGCAACUGAUCGCAGGAAAGCAAGAGCGGGCGACUGCAAUUGUUAAUGGCUAUUUGAAACGCACAAUGGAAAAGGGAGAGUACAAGACGCUGUGCCUUGGGGCAAGCAUUGGCGAAGGUGUUUUGACGAUACCGGGAUCUAUGAUUGACUCUUCCGGAAUAGUUGGGUUGGCUCUUGGGUUUCGCGCUGCUGCUGGGGAGAUCCCGAUGCCAAGUGAGAGUGGUGAUCAGGUGUCGAAUGUCAAGCCAUGGGAAACUAUUGAAAAGAAGAUUGCGAAGAAGAAAAAGGCCAAAGACCGAGAGGUGUUACUAGCGAAGCAAAUUGAACUCUUGGAGAAAGAGAUUGCCAUGGUGAAGUCUCAAACAGCCAAACGUCGAAAGCUCACGGAAGAAGCGAAAAUCGAGUACAAGAAAAUGUUGGAAAAAAUUGAUUUGGAAGACGAUAACGCCAGGCAGAACCCAUUCAAGAUCAAGAAAAAACCAACUCCGUCGGACGUCAAGAUGAAAGAAGACUCUGCGACUGAAGAGCCUGUGCCCAGCGUGUCGUCGAAAGCUGAAGCUGAAGUAAGCGAUAGCAUCAAGGUGGAAGAAGUCAAUUCUACAAAAUUGGAAGAAACUUCGGGAGACACUGAAAUGGAAGACGCAGAAGAGGAGGUGGCAGAACCUGUCGAGUCAAGCGACUUCAAGGUGUCAACGAGCUAA